AUGAGAGGUCGUGAUGAGAGUGAAUCUUCAUAUAACCGAGGAAAUUUUCUUAAACUCUUGAAACAAUUAGCCUCUUAUAAUAAAGAUGUUGAAAAUGUUGUAUUAGAAAAUUCUCCAAAAAAUUCUUCUUACACUUCGCCUGAGAUACAAAAGGAGAUUUUACAUAUUCUGGAAGAGAAAAUUAAGAGAGCAAUUCAUGAAGAAAUUGGUGAAGAAAAAUUUUGUGUUAUUAUUGAUGAAGUAGAGGAUCGCAUCGAUGAACUAGAAAAUUCUCAUUCUAACGAGAUAAAUCAUUUGAUUGAAGAAGAACAACUUGAAACUGGAACUGGUUUGAAUCAAACAAGUAAUUUGCAGAGGGAAGGCGUUGAUUCGAUAGCGGUGGAUGUGAAGGAGCAGAAGCUGACGGUCAUAGGAGAGAUGGACACGGUUGCCAUUGCCAAAAAGCUCAAGAAAAUAGGGAAAGUGGAAAUUGUCACCGUGGGACCUGCUAAAGAAGAAAAGAAGGACGACAAGAAAGAUGAAAAGAAAGACGAAAAGAAGGAUGACAAGAAAUGA